UUUAGCUGGCCACUUCCCCAGCUGGAGCCCAGUCAGAUCAGGCUGAUAGUGUACCAGGAUUGUGAGAGGCGUGGCAGAAAUGUCCUCUUUGACUCCAAUGCCAAGAAAAGGGGCCCAGAGGAAACCCCCAUCACUAGCACAGAUGGGCAGGCUAAGAUGUUUGGUAAAUGCUGCCAGCUCCGUCCAACUGGAGGCAGCAGCAGUUCUCUGGACAGCUCCUCCUCCUGCACCUCUGAAACCAGAGACACCAGGGAGCAUGGCCUCCGCUUUCAGGGUUCGAGGUGCUCAUCCGACGUGGUAAUGCUUGGGGAGAUGAUGUUUGGCUCUGUGGCCAUGAGCUACAAAGGGUCCACUCUCAAAAUCCACCAGAUCAGAUCGCCACCUCAGCUCAUGCUGAGUAAGGUCUUCACCGCCCGGACAGGAGGCAGCGUGUACGGCAGUCUCAACACGCUACAGGACAGCCUGGAGUUCAUAGGACAGGACAGCAACACCCUAAGGCCAGAUCAAAACACAGGGCCAAACAGUCUUCUCGGGAACAUAGGCCACAGCCACCCCAUGGACAUGCCCGGCCGAGGUCUGCACGAUGAGAGGGACAGUGGCAUCGCCAGGUCAGCCUCUCUGAGCAGCCUGCUGAUCACUCCCUACCCGUCCCCGGGCUCCUCCUUGACCAGCAGCUGUGCGUCCAGCUACCAGCGCCGAUGGCUCCGCAGCCAAACCACCAGCCUGGAGAACGGCGUCUUCCCCCGAUGGUCGGUGGAGGAGAGCUUCAACAUGUCCGAUGAAAGUGCCGGUCCGAGCCUUGGCGCCACCCGAAAGAAGAAGAUCGCAAUCGGAGUCAUUUUCACCCUGUCCCCCAACCCGGAGGAGAACAGCCGCUUCCAGGACUUCUUCUUCUCUCACUUCCCCCUCUUCGAAAGCCACAUGAACAAACUGAAGAGCUCCAUUGAGCAGGCCAUGAAGAUGAGUCGCCGGUCAGCUGAUGCCAGCCAGAGGGCUUUGGCUUACAGCCGAAUGGUGGAUGGGCUCAACGAGUUCAGGAUGACCAUCUGCGACCUCUACACGAUGCCCCGUGUGGCCGAGCCCGUCUGGCUGACCAUGAUGUCCGGGGCCUCGGAGAAAAACCAGCUCUGCGGUCACUUCAUGAGGGAGCUGUCCCUACUGAUGGAGCAGGCCUCCAAGAACCAAUUCCUUCCUGCGCUUUUGACCGCCAUCCUGACUAAUCAUCUGGCCUGGGUGCCCACCGUCAUGCCCAACGGGCAGCCGCCCAUUAAGAUCUUCCUCGAAAAACACUCCUCCAAGAGCGUCGAUAUGCUGGCAAAGACGCAUCCAUACAACCCCCUGUGGGCACAGCUAGGGGACCUCUACGGGGCCAUCGGGUCUCCGGUGCGGCUGUCCAGGACUGUAGUUGUUGGCCGCAAACAGGAGCUGGUGCAGCGGCUCCUCUACGUGCUGACGUACUUCAUCCGCUGCUCGGAGCUCUUCGAGACCCACCUGCUGGACAGCGCCGAGGACGAGGCCAUCGUCAUGCCGGGCUCCCUCAUCACCACCUCCCUCCGGAAGGGAGAGGUGGAGGAGUCGGACUACGUCCUAGUCACCGUCCACAAGCCCAGCGGGGACUACCUGUCCCAGGGGGCCCACGGCCCGCGGGGCGAGGCCGAGGUCAGCAGCUAUCCCUCCGACAACAGCCUCCAGGGCAGCGCCUACACGGACACCGAGGCCGAGCACAGCUCCGCCGAGCCGCCCAAAGACGAGGAGGACGGCGAAGAGGACGAGGAGGACAGCAGCGAGAGCCAAGGGUCCAGAAGCAGCGUGCUUCAGUCGGGCCAGGGCGCGGUUUCCCUGACCAGGACCGAGGAGGCGGCUGAGCGCGGGGGGCUGUGCAGGGAGUCGGGCAGCCCGCCGACCCGCCAGGCGCUGCACGUCGGGUCGGCGCCGGACGCAGAGACCAAAGACGACCCGAGCCCCGUCUCGUCCAUCUCCUCCCCCACGGCUUCCGGCCAGCCGCUGCCCCCCACCGCUGCGGACGGCGGGCUGGAGCCGACGGGGGCAAGGCAGCUCAACAAAGCGCCGGCUCACCGACCUCUGGGGACCCCCCUGGAGAAGAAACCCCCGGAUAAGAGCCCGGUCUGCGCCGUCCCGGUGCCGGUCAAAGCAGGCGGCGCCACGACCAGGCCCAUGGUUUUGGCCUCCACCGAGGAGGAGGAACCGGCCACAAAGGUCACCUUCCAGAUCGGAGACUCCAUGUCUCCCGAGUCGGACACGGAGAGCCGGCGGAGGAGGAUGGAGGAGGAGAUCAAAAAGCACAAGAAGCAGCACAAACAGGACAAGCAUCCGCUCCCCCUGCAGCCGGCGCUUUCAACCACCACCGCCAGCCAUUCCGAGGACCAAACCAAACUGACCAAGGCGGCCCCGGCUCUGCAGCGGGUGUCCAGCACCAUGCCCCGCUGGAGCCUGCACUGCGAGGACGAUUUCGACGAGUAUUUCGGCCCGGAGAACCCGGCGGAGACCAGGACUAUAGACGACGUGGCCAAGCAACGGGAGGCCGGCGCCGCCGACAGGACGUAUAAACAUUUGCCCAACGAGCCGGGGGACCCCAGCUGCCAGGCCGCCCUCAGAGGUCAGGCUCUGGGCCUCUACCUGGGCUCGGGCGGUCUGGACACGGCGUCCGGCCGGAGGGGGGACGCCCCGUCCGGCCUCCGGCGGAGGUGCAGGUGCGGCUCUGCGGACUCCUCGGACGCCGGCCACUGCAGGAGCUGCCCCGCCGAGCAGGACAGGGAGCCGCCGGCGUCCGGCCCCCUCCCCCUCCCCCACGACGGCAAGGACCAAAAGUACAAGGCGGCGCCCCUCAACGACUGGGAGAUCCCGCGCAACGAGAGCUCGGACAGCGCGCUGGGGGACAGCGAAAGCGAGGAGACCGAGGACUGGCAGGACGAAAAGCUGGUUCCUUUUCCAGGGUCAAAGCUGGUGGAGAACUACUCGAAGCCCAACAUCGCCAACUUCGGCCGGUCUCUCUUCGGGGGCUACUGCCCCACCUACGUGCCGGACUUUGUGCUACACGGGAUGCCCAGCGACGAGAAGCUUCGGCAGAGCCUGACCACGGAGCUAAACCACGCCGUUCAGCACCCGGUGCUGGACGAGCCCAUAGCCGAGGCCGUCUGCAUCGUGGCCGACACAGACAAGUGGACGGUGCAGGUGGCCAGCAGUCAGAGGCGAGCCACCGACGUAAACAAGCUGGGCAAAGAAGUGCUGGUGUCCAGCCUGGUGUCCAGCUUGCUGCAGUCCACUCACCAGCUCUACAAACUCAACCUCUCGCCUAACUUUUGCAUAAUGCACCUUGAAGACCGUCUGCAGGAGAUCUACUUUAAGAGCAAAAUGCUCGCCGAGUAUCUGAAGGGCCAGACGAGAGUCCACGUGAAAGAGCUGGGGAUGGUCUUAGGGAUUGAGUCCAGUGACCUGCCCCUGCUGGCUGCAGUGGCCAGCACCCACUCCCCGUACGUGGCCCAGAUCCUACUAUGAGGCCGCACCCCGGAGGCCCCUCGGGCAGACCCCCCAAAACCGGCCGUCCACGCCACGCCGCACGUCCCACCCCCCCGGUACGGCUUCUGCCCCGCGCUCCAGUGUCCACUGCUACGGCCGGCCUGACCGCGGAGCAGUGUGGGCGCAGCACCACAGGGUGGAGGUAGAGACCAGGCGCGGAGCAAAGCUCACCAUGACUGAAGCACCUCUGACAUGACCUGAAUGUUGCUUUUAAACCGGGACUUUCUUAUUGUUGGAAACAAAAGCCAAAGACUUUAAUCUUUUUUCUUUUUUUUUUUUCCCCUGGUGAGUCUGACAUUUUAUGAUACUGACAGUGUAGUAACUAUGAGUUUGAUUUCUUUUUCCGAUACAAUCUUAAGCCAGUUUGUAAAAAGCAAAGGACCCCAUGUCCAAAGGAAAUGGCUGAAUGUUUUUUUUUUCUAAUUUAAUGUUGAGGUAAUUAUGGGAAUGAUGAAUCCCAUGCCAGUACAGCAGUUUUGUUUGUCCUCAUGUGUUUGUUUACAGUUCAGAUUACCCCCAGACAGCUCCAGUUUCUGGUUGUUUUACUAACUGUGGUGCCCAUUUUCAAUUUCUUUUCUUUUUUUUUUUUUGGGCCAUACGGGAGAUGUCAAUACUCACCUUGAUUUUUUUUGUUUUCCCCCAGUUCCACAAACUGGUUUUUAGAUGGCUAAAAGUGGCUUUGACAUUCUUAUCAUAGGUACAGCACUACCUCAGACAUUCACAUGGGCACCUGCCCCUUUAAAACUCUGAGGUAAACUUUUAAAAGAUUUUAUUCAGCGGAUUGUCAACUGUGCAGACUCUAUGCUGUGUUUGAAAAAGGGAAGGCUGUUUAAGACUUUGAAAAUGGAGGACAAAUGUAUUUUUCAAUCACACGGUGAUCAAGAAGGGGCUCCUUUAUACUGUGGAAAAAGGCCUAUCUGCAUCGUCUACAUGUAUCACACAACCAAAAUGCUGAAGUAUUUUCACACUUUUGUAGCUCCGCCUCCUUUGUAUGAUGUUUACGGCUCAGCGUUCGCUGCAGAAAGACGUGGGGUGGGGUGGGGGGGGGAUUCACGGUAAACCUCAUCGUGGAUGUGCUUGCACUUUGUUAACGCUAUUUUCAUCCUUGUUUCUAUUACUUUUCCAUACACGUUUAACAGAAAAGGAAGGGAAAAAAAGCAACUACCACAAGCCAACUUUCUCUUUUAGCCAUGGAAGCCUAAAACACAGAGCAUAGCAUGGCGGGUUGGUUGCUUUCAUAUUUAUGUUUUAUGGAAACGAAAUUGGAUAUAAUUGAAUUUUUCUGCACCUUUUUUUGAUUUAGAGAAUUCUUGUUUGAAAAACAUUUCACAAAAUCGGCAAAGAAAAAACUCAGAGUUUAAGAGAUUUAUUUAUCAGAGCCCUGUUCUUUUACCAAUCCCCAAAUCUUCCAAGGGUCGAAAAGAAAACAGAGCAGGUGUAACUAUCAUUGUUACCCUGAGAGGUGGAGCAUUGGCCUUUAAGGUCAAAGGGCACCCAGAACAUGAUCUGAGUCUUAAUUGAGAAGUGGCAGAAAUGCUUCAGAUUUUUUCAGAGCUUGUUUGGCUUUUUAAGAUGAUAAAUACACACUUACCUGGAUGCUCCUCUACAUAAGCCGACAUUUUUGUACAAGCCAGCCAUUAUGUUUAAACUAUAUAUAUAUAUAUGUAUGUAUAUACAUAUAUAUAUGCUUCUUUAUUUCUUUGUAUAUGGAUAAAUUAUUUAGUUGCCCGUACGUGUAGCAGUUCAUGUAAACUGUAUAUAUUCAGAGUAUUUCCACAUAUUUGUACAGAAUGUCUUUUAUGAAUUGUCACCUCAAAUACAUUUUUUUCCCAAUUUUCUGGGAAAUGUUGUGCAAUAAAAAUGCUGAG